AUGGAGGAGAAAAACAAGCAUGUAUUGAGAAAUUCUGUGAUAAUUAAAGUUUUGGGUAGCAAUGUGCCUUUCCCAGUGUGUAGCUUGGAGCUGAGGAGACAAUGGAGCAAGUAUGGAGGUUUUCAUCUAACCUCAAUUGGUAUGGAUUGGAUCCUUUGUUCUUUCAAGACGGAAGAGGCUAUGGAGGAAAUACUUAAUGGUGGACCAUGGUUUAUCGGAGGACACAUUGUUGGUAUGGAUCGGUGGAAUGCUGAGUUUGAUCCUUAUUCUUUUAAGGGGAUCACCGCUCCUAUAUGGAUUCGAUUUCCCUGUUUGCCGCUGUAUUGCUGGGAUGAAGACAACUUAACAAGAAUUGCAUCUCGGUUUGGGACGCCGAUGUAUAUUGAUAGUAAUACAUUCCGUUGGGGGAAGAGGGAGUUCGCUCGGGUAUGUGUUAAAAUUGAUUUGGAGAAGAAAUUACCAAAUGGAGUAUGGGUGGAAGGCUCAGUGGGCAGGUUCUUUCAGCUGGUGGAAUAUGAGAAUGUGCAUUUGCUUUGUUAUCAUUGUGGCCGUGUGGGUCACAAUAAAGAUGAAUGCCCUGAUGAGGUUGCUCAGGGGAUUCGAGAUCAGGCCUCUUCUAAAGUGGUUGCAGACAAGCCCAGGAAUAACAUCCCGGAAGCCGGUUCUGGAAUGAUCAAGUCAGAAUACGGCCCAUGGAUUCAUGUUCAUUUCAAAAUAAUCGCUCUAUCAAGACAUGGGGCGAUGGGAGAAAAUUGA